UGGUGCCCCGCGCGGCGCCGCCGCCGCCAUGGAGCGGCGCGUGGCGGAGCGGCUGCGGGGCGCGCUGGGGCCGCUCGGCCUCGAGCCGCACGCCUUCAAGGUUGGAUGGUACAAUGCGGUUCUCCAGCCAGCCUUUCAUCUCCCCUACCCAGAUGACACGCUGGCCUUCGUGAUCCUCAGCACCCCUUCCAUGUUUGACAAGGCCCUUAAGCCUUUUGUGAAGAAAGAACGAUUAAAAAUAAUCAGGGAUCCCGUGGAUCAGUGUAUUUCCUAUCAUUUAUCACGUGUGAAGGAGAAAUUCCCCGACCAGAGGGUGGAUGUCAUGUUUGAUUACGAGAUCCUGCCGAGCCGAAAGCCCAAGUUCUUGGCACAGACGGCUGCCCACGUUGCUGGAGCUGCGUAUUACUACCAAAGGAAGGAUGUGAAGCACGAUCCGUGGGGGAACAAGAAGAUCUAUGGCGUGUGUAUCCAUCCCAAGUAUGGCGGUUGGUUUGCCAUCCGGGGUCUCCUCCUGUUCCCAGACAUUCAGGUGCUGUUCCUGGAGCAGCCUGCCCCUGUUGACUGUGUGAGCACAGAGGAGAAAAGGAUUGAGUUGCUGGAGCAGUUCAAUUUCCACUGGCAGGACGGGCGCUACAGGGACAUCAUCGAGGUGAAGGAAAGGUAUUCGGAGGAGCAGAGAGUCUACUUUGCCACCCCUCCAGCGGAGAGAUUCCGCCUGCUGGGGCUGACACAGGAAGCCCAGAGGAUCGCAUUUCACUGAGGAACUGGCUCCAGGGAGGGCCAGAGGGCAGCAAAGUGUAGCUCAUCAGCACCAACCUUUCCCUGUGGUGCCGAGGAGGAGGAGAAUGGUGUGCCUAUAAAGAGGUGGCAAAUCCGAGCAGUGUGGGCAGCAUCUCUGUCCAAACAUCAGUUCCCAGGGAGAGGGAGGAGCACUGCUCCAUGGCACUCGUGGUCUGGGGGAAGGUGGAGUAGUGCCUUCCAUGCUGCUGAUGAUCAGGUGUGUCUUUUGGGGAGUCCAUCUUUUUGGUAGGAUACUGAUUGGCUUUGGUUGGGAAUAGUUCAGGCACCCUGGCACCUGGAAAACCCGUGCUGCUCAUUAGAGAAGUCAUUUUUGUUCUCAAGAAUUGUCUUUCCUAAUGUAUUUGUAAAUGUAUAAGAAGAUCAGCCACUCUACCCCAAAAUUUUAUUGUGUCUGAACUCAGGGCAAAUACUUUUUAAGGUGUAUCCAGCAUCCAUCCAUCCCAUGUCACAGCUCUCCCUAGGGAACAGAUGUUCGGUCUUUCCAGUCUUGCCUUCCUCAGAAAGAAAAUCUGCCCUGUAUUCCUUCCCUGGGAACAAAGCUGGCUUAAUUUAAUUAAGAAAUCUUUUUAAUGCCUCCUUUCCUUACCAUCCAAAAGAAAAUUCCCCAGGGAUUGUUUCAGGGAGUAGUGUGGUCUGUACGUGGAGCAGGAGUGAGGGGAACAGAGCCAGCAGCAGCUGCUUCCUUCAGGGUGGUUAAGAAAGGGAAAGGGGGAGUACAAAGGUGCUGUUUCCUCUUCACCCAGAGCUUCUCAGAACACCACGACAUCCUUAGGUCCAUUUUAAACACCUGCCCAUUUAUGGAGCAGCUGACUGAAACAUUGGGAAAGAUGAGUAAUCUGUGUGUGAGUGGAGGUUUUACUCCUGUCGAGGUAACUGACUGGACAGGACAAUUCUCAUUCUGAGGUAGAUGACAUUUGUAUUUAAAACAGUUCUCGGUGCCAGCACACACCAACCCCCCCCAGAGUUACUGCCAGAGUUUGCUGGUGUGCCCUCUGCGUGGGGGAGAUUGUAAACCUGCACACGCUU